GAUGGGGAGGGGAAAGCGAGGUUAGGAUUUGAGGCUGUAUAUUCUGGUCUGAUUUAAAUGUCUAUUUAAUUUGAAGAGCAACCACCAUAAUUGAAUCUCAGAAAUACCUGACAACCUGAGGCAAAUUUUCUGUCCCUCCACGUGAAUCUACAGUAGCAUGUCUCCCAGAAUCUUGCUGACGCACUUAAACGCGAGAAAAGGAACGGUGAGGAUGAGAGAUCAGGAAAUUCUAGGGUUUUGGGGAAUUCUUGUAUAAAUACUUUCUGUUAGUAGGAGGAUUUAGGCAGAGAGAGGGGCAAUCAGAUAGCAAAAAAAAGAGGGGGGCAGUAGAGAGAGAGAUCGGAGAAGGCGAAUUCCGGCAGUGUCUCCGGCUAGAUUCUGGUGCUUCUCUUUUUUGUUUUCCUGCUUUGGAUCAAGGUAUACACCCUAUCCGAGAGCAUAAGGGUGUUUCUAGCGGUUUGGUCUCCGGUACUAUCCCAAAAUUGGGUACUGACCGCCCCCAAGAAACAACCCUUAUGUGAUAAAAUCUUCGAGUUGUCUGUGUGGCUGAUGCUUGUUUUGAGUUACAGAUCUGUAUGAUGCACACUGUUGGUUUCAAACAAAUGGAAUUGAUCUGCAUUAUUAUGUGUUAACUAUCUUGUAAUUAU